UACGUAUGACACCACAAGAGCUCUAACAUAGACCUGCUUGACGGGAAAGUAGGUCAGCGGUCCUUAGUCACUUUCACUUAUUACAUGGACGUCUAAUCAUUUUCCAUUGUACCCCCGUGGUCGCCGCAAGUGCCACGGUAGGGGUUCCGAUCGUCGAAGCCGUCCCCUCUCAGUCACAGACCGGUCAGUCCGUUGGGUACCUUCUCCGACGACAAGCGUGCGUCCCGCUGUUCCGUACAGUUCUUGCGUGCCGCGAGUGAUCGCAGUGAUACACCACAGGAUUACGACAACUACCCUUUCUUAUUGGAUUACAGUGCUGUGAUCUCGCAACCCUUAUGUGGGUUUAUUUACUAAACAAUACCUGUUUUAUACUUAACUCUUCCACCGGGUGAUAAGGUGUGACCCUAAACUUUAUGUGUGCAAAGACGUGAAAUGUUACUUGAAAUGGAUAACCAUUCGACCAUGUUGCUAUCCUCUCCUUUCGAACAGAAUUCCGGAGACUCCCCAGCCGCCUGCUCUCAAUCUUCAUCUCCCAUGCCGCCUCCCAAUUACGGCUCGCCACCUGUCUCCACCGACAUACCAACCCCUUAUAAUGACUCCGUCUGCCAGCAGCAGUCGAACAACUCCAUGACACCCCAUUAUCAGUACUCGAUGAUGAUGUCACAAUCCAUGAAUCACAUAGACAAUUCGUAUUCCUCAUAUUUGUUCUCCUCAGGAGCCAGUGCGAUCUCAGGCAUUGAGAUGGGGGGUGGAGGUUAUCAGAUCACGGGACUGUCGACUUCCCUCACACCCGGAGAUCUGCCCGACACCAAAGACUGUAUCGAGGAGCUGUGCCCCGUGUGUGGGGACAAGGUGUCGGGUUAUCACUACGGCCUUCUGACGUGCGAAUCGUGCAAAGGAUUCUUCAAGAGGACCGUGCAGAACAAGAAGGUGUACACGUGUGUGGCGGAGAGAAGUUGUCACAUAGACAAGACACAGAGGAAACGGUGUCCCUUUUGCAGAUUCCAGAAGUGCUUGGAUGUGGGCAUGAAACUAGAAGCUGUUCGAGCAGACCGCAUGAGAGGUGGAAGGAAUAAAUUCGGACCUAUGUACAAGCGUGAUCGUGCGAGAAAGCUUCAGAUUAUGAGACAAAGACAACUGGCAGCUCAAACACUCAGAGGAUCACUGUCCGACGGUGGCGUGUACUCGCCUAGUCAACCCGGCACAUCAUACCACCCUAACAUCCACAUCAAGCAGGAAAUUCAGAUUCCCCAAGUGUCAAGCCUCACCUCGUCCCCUGACUCGUCGCCCAGCCCCAUAGCAGUAGCUCUAGGUCAGGUCAACAGCAAUCUCCUGCAACCGGCUUCCUCCAACCAACAGCCUGCCCUCCAAAUACUUAACGUUUCCGGUGCUCACACUUCUAUGGUAAUGGGGACGGAAAAUAAGAUUUGGGGAACCCCCAACUCGACCACAACAUCCCCUCAUUCCCUCAGCCCUAAAGCCUUCCAGUACGACUCUCUGGUGCCGAGUGGCGGCUCUAACAGCUCGCUGUCGAACAAAGUUUCACCUCUUAUCCGUGAUUUUGUGCAGGGUGUGGACGAUCGAGAGUGGCAGACGUCCCUUUACACUCUCUUACAAAAUCAAACGUAUAAUCAGUGUGAAGUAGACCUGUUCGAACUUAUGUGUAAAGUGUUGGACCAAAAUUUAUUCUCCCAAGUGGACUGGGCGCGGAAUUCGAUCUUCUUCAAGGACCUUAAGGUGGACGAUCAAAUGAAACUUCUACAACAUUCUUGGUCCGAUAUGUUAGUACUGGACCACAUGCACCAGAGGAUGCAUAAUAGUCUUCCAGAUGAAACCACCCUUCACAAUGGGCAGAAGUUCGAUUUAUUGAGUUUGGGCCUGUUGGGAGUUCCAAGUUUAGCAGACCAUUUCAAUGACAUCACAACUAAAUUGCAAGAAUUGAAGUUCGAUAUAAACGAUUAUAUUUGUAUCAAAUUCAUGCUGCUCUUAAGUCCAGUUUCUACUUCUCCAGAUAUGAAUUUUUCAAGGGGUAGUAUAGAAUGUCGAGGCAUCACAAACAGAAAACAUGUACAGGAAGGUUAUGAGCAAGUUCAACAUGCUCUUCUCGAAUAUUCACUUACUUGCUAUCCACAAAUUCAGGACAAAUUCAACAAACUCGUGCAACUGUUACCAGAGAUACACGCACUAGCAGCGCGGGGCGAAGAGCAUUUAUAUCAAAGACACUGCAAUGGAGGAGCUCCAACACAAACGUUACUGAUGGAAAUGCUCCAUGCUAAACGCAAAUAACGGCUGUUACCAUCCGUAUACUGUUACCAUAUCCGUGUGCAAUACCGGCUUAAAAUGUUCGUAGGUUACUGGAAAUAUUGUAGCUGUUGACAAGAUGCCUUCAAUAAGUACAAAGAAAAAGAAAGACAGCAUGGGCUUGAUGGGCCAAGGUGAAGUUGCCCGAAUUCUCAAAUUCUAGCUGUAGGCCACAGAACUCUGCUCACUGUUUGUUAUCAAACAGAUUGUUAAGAAAAAUGAGCUUUGUGUAUAAUUUGUUUGAUAACUGUUCUGCUCUAUCGAACCUGUAAAGAUGUGAUAACAAGAUUUUUUUGAAUCUUAACUUUUGUCUUCGGAAGGGGCAAGAGAAAGAAUUCUGCACAGGGAUUAGUUUUUCUAUGGGUUCAAGCCGAAAAAAAAAAACACAUUCCAGAUGUGCUCUGGAGGGAUUCAAGGGCAUCCUAGAAUAGCAUAUAGCAUAAGCUUAUGUAAAAAGGAACGAAUGUAGAAGAAUGACAGGAAACACUAAUGUAGUAACUUAACCCUGGUGAUGGACUAACAAGCUGUAAUAUGUAAUUGUAGAUAUUGAAAUAUUGUUAGAUUUAAGUUAUGUUGAAUUAUAUAUGUUAUGUUAUAUAAAUGUGUAUAAAAAAUUAUGGGGUAUCCCGUGUAAGAUUUUCACAGCUUUAAUAUAUCGAAAGUUAUUUUAUGCUUCCUACAAGUAUUUCAUAAUAUUUUACGAAUAUAAUUAUUAAAAAUACUAUUUUGUUAUUUUAUUGUAGCCUAAAUUUUUUAAUACUGCCAUGUAAACUCUACUUAAAAUCAAGAAACAUCUACAAGCAUAUUGAGGAUUUUUUAAUGUGCUGACAAAAUAUUCAAUUCAAUAAUUGUUGGAUACUAAACAAUCAUAUUGUAUGUUUUUUGUUUAAUUUUAGGAGGAAAGAGGUGGUGUUAGCUAGGCAGAUUUAUCAAUUAAGUUAUCUUUAAUGUUAUGUUAUACUAAGGAUUAAUGUGUUUUUUGAGAUCAUCGUGAAAUCUGCUAAAUGUUACUCAGGGAAAAUUAUUCUCUUCUGUUCAUCUCUUCUUCGAAAAUCUAAAUUUUCGAAUUAAUUGCCGGUAACAAAGCUGCACAAACCAUAUUAAUAGGUUAGAUUAGCUUUCCACUUUGCACGCAUCACUUGAAACAUCAUAUGGUUAUGUAAGGUUUGAGAUUUUAUUUACAUGCUUUUAAAAUUUUUUGAUAUCUUGUUUGAGAUAUAUUUUAUGAAAAACCAGUGACUAUAAGUAUGAACAAAGUGGUGAGAAUCUUAACGGGCUGGCCUGUCUAUAACUUUAUAUUGAGAUAGAAUGUGUCACUUUCAUUUUGACGUUUUUAUCUUUAAACCCCAGUUUGAAGAAUUGACAAAUAAUUUACGAUUGUUUCAUAAUAAUAAAUUUAAUUUUUGAGCAAUACAGAAUUUAUAGAAUUCAACCCUCCCAAAUUUAUAUUAUGUGAAAUACAACGAAAUGAUUAUUGUAAAAUGUUAUGUAAUAAUCUUCAAGAUAUUCCAUUUGAAGGAAAUUUAGAAUUUCUAUCCAUGGAGAAUUAUAUGUGAUUGAAUCUCUAGGGUAAUUUAUUGGUAAUUAUUACUUUAAAUAAUGAAGAUCAAUCUUUAUUUGAUAGUAAUGAUAAAUGAAAUGAAGUUUUGAAAAAUGUCGCCUUUUAUGAUUAAGGUCUAUUUUCGUAUAUGAAUUCUUGAAUAUUCAACUAUUUUUGUAGCGCUACAUUUUUCAAGUCACUUCAGGUGGAGGAGAAAGUCAAUUUGAUUAAGUGUUGCAUUCUAUCGAAUGUUGUGAGAGCAAGGUACUGUGGUCCAAGUCGUGUUGUUAAUGAUGACAUAAAUAUAUAGAAUUCUGAUGAAAGCAGUUAUAGAUAUAUUUUUUUGAGAAAUCUCUGCAGGCUACCUCCCCAAAGCCUCCUGCGCUGGUAUCGCGGAGUGUGUUGUUUGUUAAAAGUAUCUUGCCCAGACAUGCUGAAGCCCAGAGCUUAUAUAUAUUUGAUUGAUGAGAUAUAUAUUUAUAUACUAUAAAUACGUACACUAUUUAAGCAGAAUGAUUGAGAGGUUGUAAAUAUAAUUUAUGUGGAUAAAAUGACUUGUUUGUAGAAAUAAACCACCAACAUACAAAA